GAAUAUUUGCACCUUCUUCAUUCCGCAACAGCCACCCACAAGAAACAGAAAGUGUUUCUAAAUAGUUAGUUGCACUUGGUUGAACUCUCCGUGGCAGACAGUUUGAUAGUUAAUUACGUUAGUAUUAUGGUUCGGAAGUGAAUUUUUAAUAAAUAAAAGUUUUCUGUGAAGUGCAAUUCCUCAAAUUUUAUAAUGAUAUUAAAAAUGGGGUUUCGUAGUUCGAGUAUUCUUGUAGCUGUUGCUGCAAUUUUUAUAAUUUCUGAUUUCACCACUGUUAAUUCUCUCUCACUUCCUCACCGAUUCCUCCCUGGUCCUCCUCGAGGUCCUCGACCCCCUCAAUUUUUCCCCCGUUUAGGAAGACCUUCCUCCAAUUUGGAUCGCCGCAGUUUGGAGGAGGACAGCGAUGAAGACGAAAACGAAAGUCAGGCUCGAGUCGAACCCCAAAUAACGCCACUAAAUCGGGACGAAUGCUUAGCAAAAUUAUUGUGCGGAAUGAGCGUUCCCGUGACCGGCGGUGGUUCUCCAAAGAACGGAUACUACUCGGAAUAUGCUAACAUUGUGGCCAAAUUUUUUGAAGCCUUCCCACUGGAAGAGGAGGAAAAAAGUGCAGAAAGUUUCGAGGCGUAUAACGACUACAGCGUGGAAGAAGAUGAAGGCAAAGCCAGCAGCAAACCUGUCCGACUUAAUAGCAAACUGAGAAGGCCUGAUGACCAUCAUAAAUCUUCUUCUGACCAUCCAUUGUACUCCGCAGCCCCGGUUGCAGGUGGUCUCCAGCUCUUCGACCUCGCAAUUAUAAACCAGGCUAAAAAUUCCUCCGCCGAUAAGUCCGACGACGACGAGAGAAAUGCUCGUCUUAUUGAUCUCAGAACAGCCCGAGCCCGAAAAAUGGUGGCUAAACUGGGUGAAAAAUUGCAGACGGUUCGUCAAUGUCAACAGAUUUCUGGUUGUCCAUUUACUUUCAAGCAGUUACGAGCCUCGAUAAAGUUAAAGACUGGUCCAUCCGUCAGUCUAAAUAUCCGUCCAUUAACAACAGGGUCUGCUCUUUCGUCCACGGCCACGUCGUCGUCGUCAUUGUCAUCAUCUCCUCCUAAACCCAAGCCUAACGAGGACUCUGACCCACUUCCACCAGUUCCCCCAGUCAAAUACACGUACAACACGAAUAGCUACAGACCUCUGCAAAAAGCUAGGCCAAAACCAGCCUCGACCGAAUUAUCUCUCGGUGAUCCUGUCAUCGACACGGAGAAAGAUACACACAAAGGAAAUGAUGACGAAUUGGAGGAAUUUUUCGGGCCUCCUCCCGUUUUUGGGUCUAAUGGGAGACCCAUAAGUCAGCCAAAACCGUCUUAUCUUCGACCUCAAAACCCACUUCAGCAGCAGCAACAACAAAUUCAGAAACUUCAGAGUGUUGAUGUAGAAUAUGUUCCUUAUCAACCACCCAUUACGAGGGGUACAGGAUCAAAGGCUAAAGUGCAGUCUGGGUCACCAUUCCCCAAAAGGAAGCAGGUCGUGGGGUAUAAAACUCCCACUUUCCAGAUCAAAAGAAGGCCGGAGGGAGAAAAUGAUGAAUUUGACGAUGUAAACCUCUCCGCCGGACCGGUUUCCUUGAUUGGCGGAGAUCAACAACAACAACAACAGCAGUUCGAACAUGCUGGAGUCCAAUAUAUAAUUCAAGAUACCCAAGAAAAUGUGAAGCAGCAGCAGCAAAAACCCAAAGAAACUGAUACAGAAGACGAUGACGACGGGUCAGAUGAAGAGGACGAUGAAGAUGCAGAAGACGAGGAAGAUGAGGAUGCUGAUGCAGAUGACGUUGACGAAAAAGACGAAGAAGACGACGAUGAGGAUGAAGAGGAUAAAGAUGAAGAGGAAAAAGAGACGAAAAAGAAGAAAGCCACCGUCGCCCCCACCGUGAGUGCUGCAGAAGUCAUUUCUGCCCCCAAAAAGAAAAUCACGUCGUACAAGAAUCCAAGCGCUGAAUCUUUCGUCGUUAUUGAAGAAGAAUUCCCCACCAAGAAGAAUGCGGAAGAUGAUGAACAAGAUCACCCGGAUAAUGCAUGGACCAAGUUAGCGUUCGCGACCAGCAGCGCACUCAUCAAAGAACCAAAGAACAAGAAGAAAACAGAGUUGGAGGAGAAAAAUGAUGAGAAACUUAACCUGUCGACGGAAAAGAAGGGUUCUUCCGAGAAAGAGGACACCUCAGAUGAGUCCAAAGAAGAAGAGGAGGAGGAUGACCAGGAGGAGGAAGAUGAGGAAGAAGAAGGUGAAAAAUCAUCUCGAUCUCAACCAAAACCGGAAGAUGAGAAAAAAACUAAGGAUAAAGUUGAAUCUCAAGAUGACUCAGCCGAAGAGGAAAAAUCAAGGAAUCGACGCCCAUCUAAGAAGUCGAAAAAGAACAACAAUACGCCCAAACUGAUCUUGAAUGAUGAAAAUGAAUUUGACCGAGUAACCUCAACUUUGAGCAGACCUGUAACAUCAAAGCCAAAAAAGUCAACAAAAAAAUCUUCCAACAAAGGCCGAGACUCGUCAAAAUCGUCCAAGAAAUCAGGUGAUAAAAAGAAGAAAUCUAAGAAAUCUAAAAAAUCCAAGAAACCCAAAGAAAAUUCCGAGGAGGAAGUUAGAACCAAACCAAAGGCUCAGCCUCUCCUUGAAAUUGGAGGCCGUCCCGUGGUCCCACUCCCAGAAAAAGAGUCACAACAGACCAAGAAAACAGGGGCACUAAGUCGUUUCAAGUUUAGUUUGGUACGACCCUUUGGCGUCCAAACGAAGGAAGAAGCAGCAGCCAACGCUUAUCAGCAAACUACAAAAUCGGACUACAAACCAUCCUUACCGACCUAUUCGUCGUCGCCAUCCUCCUCCAGCUUUAAAAAACCAUCAUCCUCCUCACCUUCAAGUUCAUUCAGAAGAGAAUCCCUAUUCGGCUCAUCCAAACCUUCUUCUGCUCAGGAUGACCACAAACAACAAAGUCAUAGCUCAUCAUACCUCCCCACAAUCUCGUUCGGAUCGGGUAUUAGCAAUAUGAAAAUUGGAAAUUCUCAUGCCAAUCCCUCUUCCGGAUCGAGCUCUUCAAAAACCCCAGCAAUGUACACGUUCCCCUUUGGCAGCCCAUUUUCCACUUUAAAAACUUUGUUUAAGCGACCAUCAUCAUCGUCAUCACAGGAUGAGGACAUGGGUCACCAAAAUGCCCCUCUCGUCCCAAUUUCUGCAUACAUGCACCGACCUGCAGGUCCAGAAUCGAAUAACUUCAAGAGAGGUACUCCCCCUCAUAUUGCACAAGGAUCGGACGAGGUAGUAACGUCUCAUCAAAACUCGAGGAACCGUGGACGAACGGGAAUUAAGAGUUCGAAAAAGAAGGAUGGGGGUAAAAAGAAGAAAAAUUAUAAGGUCAAGCAGUCCAAACCUUCGGUAUCGUCGCACUAGUUUAAUUGCAUAUUUAAUUAUAAGUAAUAUUAAAUCAAAGUAAAUUAUUAUGCUCAUUGUUUGUAUUUACCAUCUAUUUAUUUACACUAUGAAAUAAAGUAGCGUUUACAUAUUUUAUA